GAGACCCGUUCUCCCAAUAGUGACCGACGACCUGUCCAAAACUCUACUCCUCUUCCAGCUGCUCGGAUCGAACAUUCCAAGAAUCCUUCAUCUAUCUCCUGACUUCGCCGUUGUACCCACCGCUUUUACGCCACUCGAUAUGGUUCUACUCCGUCCGCUGAUUGCUCUUGCCGCCGUGGCCGGCCUUGUCCAUAGCCAAAACACUACCUCACUUGACCCAAACAGUGUUCCGAUCCAAACCAGAGAUCAAUGGUGUGAAUCUCAGACUUCUUCAUGUCCUCUACUCUGUCUCCAAUUGCCAAACACGACGGGAUCGCCCAUCGAUAAUACCUGCAACCCUAAAACCCUUAUCUAUGAGUGUAUUUGCAACAAUGGCUUGAGCCCCAACGCCUCUCAGUACUCUCAGACAAUCCCAUACUUCAUUUGCACCGAAGAGAACAAUCAAUGUGUCAACAAGUGCAAUGGCAACUCGACAUGCCAGUCCAAUUGCCGCACCGAGCAUCCCUGUGGUGCUCAAAACCCCAAGCGUGUCAACAUCACUACCACCGCAGGGGCAACUGCCACUAGUGCCACAGCCACAACCUCCGUGCCUCGGUUCACUGGAGUCCCAGAUGAGGGGCUAGCGACGAGACCGUCGACUGAUCUUGGUCAGGUAUACGGCCUGGUCAUAGUUGUGGGUGCGUUCCUUGCCGGGUUCACGACUCUCGUCUGAGAUGAGGAUGCAAGGCACAAUGAAUAUAAUGUCACUUCUACGAUGACCAAGCAUUCGUAACGGGGCCAUGUCGUCCUCAUAUAAUAAUCGGCUCAUCUUGCACUUGUUUUGUUUGACCUUGCAGCAUGUUUCUAUGUGUGUUACAAAUUAAUGAUGAAGCGUAUUGUCUCUACCCUUGCAAAUCGUUUUUGCUCUCUAAUGAAACACCACAAGGGUUUUAACAGUUCAGUAUACUCAGAAAUAAUGAAGCCUGCUGCCUAUGAAGGCAAUGGUAUACCGGGUAUCUGAUGAUGAA